UCCGGGUUUAAUAAUUUAUUCUCGAAAUAAUAGUAAUAACAAUAAUAAUAAUAGCAGUGAGGAGAUCUACCCAAAAGGUAGUUUUGAGAUAUGGCAACAAUACGUGCAGGUCCACCAUCAUCACCAUGUACCGAAGCUACACCUUCAUCAAGAUUAUCACCACCAUCAUCAUCAUCAACAACAUGUUUUUCUAGGGGAAUCACAGCCGUCCAUGGUGGUAGGCCCGUCUUCGGCCGCAACUACUAGUCGUAGGAUCUUUGGCAUUGAUGAGUACAACGAUCAUAACAGUAGCAAUAACAAUAACAAUACGGUCGUAUCGAGUGGUAGUGGUGGUAGAUCCUCGGGUUUUAGGCAAUUAGGUGCUAGUGUUGGGGGUAUGAAUUGUCAAGAUUGUGGUAACCAAGCAAAAAAAGAUUGUGUUCAUCUUAGGUGUAGGACUUGUUGUAAGAGUCGUGGAUUUGAUUGUCCUACUCACGUUAAGAGUACGUGGGUGCCCGCCGCUAAGCGCCGUGAGCGCCAGCAGCAGUUAACCGUGCUACAACAACAACAACAGCAACAACCGCAACAGCAGACUCAACAAAUGAUGAGACCAUCUGUUGGAAUUGGAGGUGAAAAGAGGACACGAGAAAACCGGAGUAAUUCUCGCGUCCUCACUGCCGCUAAUACCACGGCAGGGUUGGAAGUGGGUAAUUUCCCACCGGAAGUGAACUCUCCAGCUGUUUUCCGAUGCGUUCGGGUGAGUCCAAUAGAUGAUCCAGACGAACAAUUUGCGUAUCAAACAGCAGUAAACAUAGGAGGACAUCUCUUCAAGGGCAUCCUUUACGAUCAAGGUCCCGAAACACGCUAUGGAAGUGGGGGAGGUGGUGGUGAAAGCUCCUCCGGGGGUAGGUCUCAACAACACGGUCUUAUGUUAACCGCGGCUACUACCACUACUGACCUAAUGGGUACGGUUGGUAGUGGUAGUACUAAUAAUAACGCGACAACAGCUACUGCAACAGCUAGUUUACUCGACCCGAUGGGUACGAAUAAUUCUUCCAUUUAUCCAACUCCUAUCAAUGCUUUCCUAGCUGGUACGCAAUUUUUCCCACCCCCAAGAUCUUGAUUAUCCAAAUUUCCUACAUACAUUCUCUCUAUCUAACUAGCUAAUCCAUCAUUUGAUGAUGAGCAAAAAAAAAUGUGGAAAAAAAUUGUAAUGUUCUAGGAUUUUAUUUGUCAAUUUGGUCAUUGGGAACUUGGCAAGGUCUAGCUAGUCUUACAAAAGAAAUGUUUUUUAUUUCUUUUUUGUAUGAUCUUUAAUUAGGUGAUUUUCUAAUUAUUAUUGGAUAUUGUUAAGGUAUGAUGAUGAUCAUCAUCAUGCUAAUUA